CCGGAGGGGCUCACCCGGCGGCCGCCAGGGGGCAGGCGCGAGCCGCUGCCCCGCCGUGGGGCGGCUCCCGGUGAAGCCCCGCCCCUGCCCUCCCCGCCCCGCUGCCACAACGCGGCCGUCAUGUCCGGGUGCCGUAGGUUGGGAUUGGCCGGAUGCGGGCGGAAGUGUGGGUGGGGGUUGCCGCGGUUGCUGCAGUGACAGGGGCCGGGAGGGGGGCGGAGGAGGGUGAAGAUGGCGGCGCCGCCGCGUCGCUCCCAGCACCAUCACCACCAUCACCCGCCGCCACCGCCCGGACCGGCUUCGCCGCCGGCCGCCGCCUCGCCGCCGCGCAGCCCCAGCCUGGCACCGGCUGACCUCACCCCCGCCGCGCAGCGCCACAGCCUGGCCGGCCCCGAAGGCGAGGCUCCCCCCGACGCCGAGCGGCCUCCGGCCCCGGAGUGCUCGGAGGGUGCGGGCGCUGCCGCCCCGGCCCCGCCGUCGGGCUCGGGCAGCAGCUCCAGCAGUUCCUCCUCGUCCUCCUCCUCGUCUGCAUCGUCGUCCCUCGCGUCCAGCCCGGCGGCGGAGAGUCCCGAGGCGGCGGGCCCGGGCGCGGCGAGCGGGGCGUUCCGCGAGCUGCUGGAGGCCUGCCGCAAUGGGGACGUGACGCGCGUCAAGCGCCUGGUGGACACGGGCAACGUGAACGCCAAGGACAUGGCGGGCCGCAAGUCCACGCCGCUCCACUUCGCCGCCGGUUUUGGAAGGAAGGAUGUUGUAGAGCACUUGCUACAGACAGGAGCCAACGUUCAUGCUCGUGACGAUGGAGGGCUGAUACCCCUUCACAACGCCUGCUCUUUUGGUCAUGCUGAAGUGGUGAGCCUGCUGCUGUGUCAAGGGGCAGACCCAAAUGCUAGAGACAAUUGGAACUACACUCCUUUGCAUGAAGCUGCUAUCAAGGGGAAGAUAGAUGUGUGUAUUGUGCUGCUGCAGCACGGAGCUGAUCCAAACAUUCGGAACACUGAUGGGAAAUCUGCGCUGGAUCUGGCAGACCCUUCAGCAAAAGCUGUACUCACGGGUGAAUACAAGAAGGACGAACUCCUGGAAGCUGCUAGGAGUGGUAAUGAAGAAAAACUGAUGGCUUUAUUGACUCCUUUAAAUGUGAACUGCCAUGCAAGUGAUGGGCGUAAGUCCACUCCUUUACACCUAGCAGCAGGCUACAACAGAGUUCGAAUAGUCCAACUUCUGCUUCAGCAUGGUGCAGAUGUUCAUGCAAAGGACAAAGGUGGUCUUGUGCCUCUUCAUAAUGCAUGUUCAUAUGGACACUAUGAGGUUACAGAACUGCUGCUUAAGCAUGGUGCCUGCGUGAACGCCAUGGACCUCUGGCAGUUCACCCCCUUGCACGAGGCUGCCUCGAAGAACCGUGUGGAGGUCUGCUCCCUGCUCCUGAGCCAUGGCGCAGACCCCACCCUGGUCAACUGCCAUGGCAAGAGUGCAGUCGACAUGGCCCCAACGCCCGAGCUGAGGGAGAGGCUGACCUAUGAAUUCAAAGGACACUCUUUACUACAAGCAGCCAGAGAGGCAGACCUAGCCAAAGUGAAAAAGACACUUGCUUUGGAGAUCAUUAAUUUUAAGCAGCCACAGUCCCAUGAGACAGCACUGCACUGCGCUGUGGCUGCUGUGCAUCCGAAGCGGAAGCAAGUUACAGAACUAUUGCUCAGGAAAGGAGCAAAUGUUAAUGAGAAAAACAAAGAUUUCCUGACACCUUUGCAUGUUGCAGCUGAAAAAGCUCAUAAUGAUGUCAUGGAAGUUCUGCAUAAACACGGAGCAAAGAUGAAUGCACUGGACACACUUGGUCAAACAGCAUUGCACAGGGCAGCCUUAGCAGGCCACUUGCAAACCUGCCGGCUCUUGCUGAAUUAUGGCUCUGAUCCCUCCAUCAUCUCUUUGCAAGGCUUCACAGCGGCGCAGAUGGGAAAUGAAGCGGUGCAACAGAUUCUAAGUGAAAGUACACCUGUGCGCACAUCUGAUGUGGAUUAUCGGUUGUUAGAAGCAUCCAAAGCUGGGGACUUGGAAACUGUGAAGCAACUUUGCAGCCCUCAGAAUGUGAAUUGUAGAGAUUUGGAAGGCCGUCAUUCAACACCACUGCACUUUGCUGCAGGAUAUAACCGCGUAUCAGUGGUAGAGUAUCUGUUGCACCAUGGGGCGGAUGUGCACGCCAAAGAUAAAGGUGGCUUAGUUCCCCUGCACAAUGCCUGUUCUUAUGGACACUACGAAGUGGCUGAGCUCUUAGUGAGGCACGGUGCUUCUGUCAACGUGGCAGACCUGUGGAAAUUCACUCCUCUACAUGAAGCAGCAGCAAAAGGAAAAUAUGAAAUCUGCAAACUGCUUUUAAAACAUGGAGCUGAUCCAACAAAAAAGAAUCGAGAUGGGAACACUCCGCUAGAUUUGGUGAAAGAAGGAGACACAGAUAUCCAGGACUUACUGCGAGGAGAUGCUGCCUUGCUAGAUGCUGCCAAGAAGGGGUGCUUGGCACGAGUUCAGAAGCUAUGUACUCAAGAAAAUAUUAAUUGCAGAGACACCCAGGGAAGAAAUUCAACACCACUACAUCUUGCAGCUGGUUACAACAAUCUGGAAGUAGCUGAAUACCUUCUUGAGCAUGGUGCUGAUGUUAAUGCCCAGGACAAAGGAGGACUAAUCCCCCUACACAAUGCAGCAUCCUAUGGGCAUGUGGAUAUAGCAGCGCUGUUGAUCAAAUACAAUACAUGUGUAAAUGCAACAGAUAAGUGGGCAUUCACACCAUUGCAUGAAGCUGCACAAAAAGGAAGGACACAGCUCUGUGCUCUGCUCUUAGCUCAUGGAGCAGAUCCAACCAUGAAGAAUCAAGAGGGUCAGACACCACUAGACCUGGCAACAGCUGAUGAUAUCCGAGCUUUGCUGAUAGAUGCCAUGCCUCCAGAAGCUUUGCCUACGUGCUUUAAGCCUCAAGCCACUGUUGUUAGUGCCUCCCUGAUCUCACCAGCAUCUACGCCAUCCUGCCUCUCCGCUGCCAGCAGCAUAGAUAACCUGACCGGGCCACUGGCAGAACUGGCCGUAGGAGGGGCGUCAAACGCUGGUGAUGGAGCAGCAGGAACUGAAAGGAAGGAAGGAGAAGUUUCUGGUCUUGACAUGAACAUUACUCAGUUCCUAAAAAGCCUGGGUCUUGAACACCUUCGGGACAUCUUUGAGACAGAACAGAUAACCCUGGAUGUGUUGGCAGACAUGGGGCAUGAGGAGCUUAAAGAAAUUGGGAUCAAUGCGUAUGGACACCGCCACAAAUUAAUAAAAGGUGUGGAGAGACUUCUAGGAGGGCAGCAAGGCACCAAUCCCUAUUUGACUUUCCACUGUGUGAGUCAGGGAACCAUUCUCCUUGACCUUGCUCCUGACGAUAAGGAAUACCAGUCUGUAGAAGAGGAGAUGCAAAGUACAAUCCGGGAGCAUCGGGAUGGUGGAAAUGCUGGUGGGAUCUUCAACAGGUACAAUGUCAUCAGGAUUCAAAAGGUCGUAAACAAGAAGUUGCGGGAGAGAUUCUGUCACAGACAGAAGGAGGUCUCAGAGGAGAAUCAUAAUCAUCACAAUGAGCGCAUGUUGUUUCAUGGGUCUCCUUUUAUUAAUGCUAUAAUCCACAAAGGAUUUGAUGAAAGGCAUGCAUACAUUGGAGGAAUGUUUGGAGCUGGAAUUUAUUUUGCUGAGAAUUCCUCAAAAAGCAACCAAUAUGUGUAUGGGAUAGGGGGAGGAACAGGCUGUCCCACGCACAAAGACAGGUCCUGUUACAUCUGCCACAGACAAAUGCUCUUCUGUAGAGUGACCCUUGGAAAAUCUUUUCUUCAGUUCAGCACAAUGAAAAUGGCUCAUGCCCCUCCAGGGCACCAUUCUGUUAUUGGCCGGCCAAGUGUGAAUGGACUCGCAUACGCUGAAUAUGUUAUCUAUAGAGGAGAACAGGCAUACCCAGAAUAUCUCAUUACGUACCAGAUUGUGAAACCAGAAGCUCCCUCACAGACAGCAACAGCAGCAGAGCAAAAGACCUAGUAGCUACAGAGCAGUGAAGAAGGAAGUGACUUCAAUCUCGGGCUGGAUGGAUACAUGUUUCAGAAAAUCAGUAUCAUAUAAAAUCCUUAACAACCUGGAAAUAAGCUGUAUGUCUUUUAUAAAGCAUUGCUGUCUUGACGAAUACGAUAUGAGUAACUCUUGCAUACUCAACUGCUACUGUUCCUUCUGAGGAAAGUUUACAAGGGACUGCCUUUUAAUAAUAUAUCUCAGGCUCCUCGUCUCUGCAGUUACCAUAUGUAAAAUAAUAUUUUGAUCUAGACUUUGGGAACAUUAUUGUGCAAAUGGAAAUUUUAUCAAUGCCAUCUCACAUGCUAAAAUUUCAGACACUACUAUUCUAGUUAUUUUAUUUGCAGAUAAGUUGCGUAUAAGCCCAAUACUUUUUGUUUCAGCGUACUCCAUUCAUUUUAUGUUUUCAAGAGAUCCUAGUCAACUAUUUAUUUCCCUUUUGUAUUCUGAAGUUGAGCCGAAACCUUCUUAAAGAUAUUUUGCACAAAGUCGAUUUGACUAAAAUCAUUAACAAUGCAAUAUGAAUUUCACCUGAGAAGUGGCUAGGUCCAGUUCUUCAAUAUAGGCUUUUUUAGCAUGCUUCUGAGCAAACAAUAAUAUGAGUGAGGGUAACUUCAGAGUGGAAACAAAUGUCAUUUGACUGCUUUGUCUGAGUUUUCUCGGAGAAGCCCUGGAAGUGUUCACAAGGGUAAAACCAGCUCUUGUGCUUGGAAAAACUUCAUGAAGCACAGAUCAAUGCCCUCUGCUGGCAUGUCUAAAAGAACAUUUUAUAAGGCUCCUAAUAAGUACUUGCAGUUUGCGAAAUGUUCUCCAGUUACAGUGGCAUAUGGUUUUGCUGGGAAGUACGGGUGAAAAGCCAGAAGGUUUCAUGCAGGAGGGUGUCUCUGGUUCAUGUCCCUCUGUAAUAUGAGACCCGGGAGAUGAGUUUUAAACCGGUAAGGGAAGGGUGUAUUGUAGCAGUUUGUGUCACAUCUUUAUGUGUGACAUCACAGUUGCAGAGUGUAAGGGAUUUACAAAAAUAAUAGUGCUUUUAAAUAUAGAUUUUACAUUUUGUUGAAAAUGAAGUUUUAAAACAUCAGUUGACAAGUGGAUUUGUUUACAGGUAUACCGGAGAACAAAGCUGGGAUUUAUUCACUCUAAUCCCUUUCUCUGCAAGUUCCCAGGUUUAUUUCACUGGGUAGGAGAAAGUUGUUUUUAAGCAUUGCGUAGCACAGCAUCAAACAAUUUCAAAAGUCCCCCUCAUGGAGGAUAAGCAUUUAAAAAAAGUAGAAACAGAUUCCUUUUUUGUGUUGGUUUUACAACUUCAGAGAAGGCUGGAAAUCAAGCUGUGUUAAUUUUUUUCUUAACAAUUAAGACCAGGAGAUGUGCUUCAGUGUUGAGCAUGUAACGACUAGAGAAAUAAUAUUCUUUUGAACACAACACACUGUACUUUUCCCUGUCAACCAGCACUGUUUAGUAUCUGAUGAUCCAGUUCAUGCAUUCAGGUUUUAUUGCCCUUAAAGCAAGGAAAUUACAGAAUAGUGUGCUUUUAGUUUACAAAAAUGUAUGUGCUCCCCACAAGUGGGAUUUUGCUGACAUUUUUGGAUAAAACAAAUGUAAACCUGAAGAGCUUUUCACUUUCAGCAUUAAGACACAGAAUUUUGAUUUUUAACAUUGAGACAUCAAUGUUGAAGUAAGUUAUCCUCACAGAGGAACUUCACCCACUGUAGAAUCAGUCAUGUGAUGCAAUCUGGCUACCUGCAAAUCAUCUGUUUGUAAUAUCUCUAAAGAAAACUUUAGAAAUAGCAAUACUCCAACAGAUCUUGAACUUUGCAUUUUAUUUUUCUUGAGCUGGCAGUGGAUACACGGUUCUUGCUUCAUUUUGUGAGCUGAUUGAAUCUGUAGCUUUGAAGUCCAAGCCAGACUCUAGCCUAGUUGUCCUUUUAAUCAAAUUUCAUUGAUAAAACUGGGUGCUUGUAUUUUGGCUACUUGUUUAAUAGUGUUAGGAUUGCAAAGAUCACCACUAGGCUUUGAAGCUUUGUAUUCAUCAUUUAAGUUUGGGGUUUGUUUUUAACUUAGUUAAUGAUGGAGUGAAAGUAUGUGCCUAUCUACACUAGGGUUUCAGAUAGUGUGGAGAGUGAGUGCUCACCAUCCCCAGUUAGACAUAGUUUUAAAUGGUGAAACAGUUGUGCUGCUUAGGUGAGCAAAAUGGUUGAUGUGGGUGUGGAAGUUAAAAGCUUUACAUCUUUCAAAAACAAGAACAAACCUUAAAACAAAAACCCCACCAAGCCCACACCAGAUUCUGUUCUUGCUUGUUGUUUCCUGUGUGCUGAUUGAGCUAAUGGCUACUCUGGAUUUCUUCUGCAGCCUUGAACUUCUAGAGGAUAAAAAUACUGUGCAGAGUAAAGGUGCUGUGUGAGGAAAUAGUUUUGCAGUGGUUUUUGUCUCGUAAUGACGUGAUCUCAUAUCUGUUUGUGGCCAGACAGGGGACUACCCAGGCCUGAUGAUGCAUCUGGGUGUUGCAGAAACCCGUGCAGGAGUAAUAUCUGCCCCUCCUGGUGUAUAUUGUUCUGGCUUCUCUUACAGUUUAAAACAAAGUGAGGAUCUGCCCAUCAAAGUUACCCAUGGAAAGGUUGCUCAUGGUUUCGGUAGCAGAGCUGCAGGUUGUUCAUGGUACAGAUGCUGCUGCUUCAUCUGAGGGAGUUAACUUGAUGCUUCCUAUUUCUAGAGAAUGGGACCUUAAAAACAGCCUGCCCUCAUAACCAGGCAGCUGCUGCCUCCUGAGGAAGUUUUUUGACUUCCUGAGAAGGGCGGUCCCCUGACAAUGGAUGCUCAUUUGCAGCAUUGGGUCACCAGCUGUGGCACGGUAGGAGCUGAGGAUGCACGAACAUGCUGGGCUAAGCCACCUCGUUGGCGUGGGAGCCUGCUGGACACCUCGCAGUGGCUCCAGAAAGAGCUGCUCCCACUGGGACAGAACGUGGUGUCUGCUGAGGAAAGGGACAGUUGUCUCUCAGGCCUGUUGAUUUUUGCCGGUGUCCCUUUGAGAGGCAGCAUUUUGAAACGUCUCUGCAGUUUGCGACAGGACCUUAAUAAGCAAAACAGAAGGAAACUUCACCAUGUAGCAAAGAAGGGAGGGUUCUGCUCUCUGUUGCUGAAACUGUUUCCAUGAGACAGAUGAUUUGGAUACCUGGUGCAGGGUGACAUUGCAGUCUGAAUGCUGUCAACAAAACUUCUGUUAGGAUUAAAAUACCUUAAUAAGGUGUACCUAAUUUUCUCAUCCCUAUUUUUAUCUAUCAGUCUAUUUUGAUUCCAGCUCCACGGAGACUGUUAGAAACCUCUUUUACUAUUUCCACCAUUUUGCAGUCACUAUUGGUCUAUAGUCCAAGGAAUGAGCAAUCUGUUUUCUAACCUCUGUUUCGAACGUUUGCACGUGAUGCAAUUGAAUCCCACUGCAUUAUGCAGCAGGAUUUUAUCUUGCCUGCAAACUUUUGUACUUUCUUUGUUGAUAACGGAAUACCGCAAAACAAAAUUCUGCACUGAAGCAAACAGCCUUGCAAAAUAUUAUGCACUGCAGGCUUUGGUGAGCAGCAGACACAGAAGAGGCAUGUGAGAAACAAGUAGCUUAUGGAGGAUGCUUCCGUGGCUCUGGAAACCAGCUCCUUGUAGGUUAGAGGAGACUUCUGCUCCCCACAAAUGCCUGAGGUGCUGAGGGACGCCAACACGUCAUGUCACUGUGUGCACGGCCUGUGGGAACUACUUAGUGGCGAAUCUUCUCAAAAAAGUCUCCUGCAUCCCUGCAGUGAAGUCAGAGCUCCUGCACGGUACACACUACCUGGAAUUUUCACAUAGGACUGUUAACAGAAAUUACCCAGAACAGUUUUUCUUUUCCAAAAGACUAGGAAAAAGGAAGGCUCCAACCACAAAACAGAUUAGUUGGAACAUUGGUCAGUAAAUGCACAAAUUUAUUUUUACUGGGAUUUUUUCCUUUCCGUGCUACUGCACCACAGAAAAUCUAACUCAGAAAUUUAAGAGGAGAUGCAUCUACUGCGUAUUUCAUUGAUGUCAAGCUAUGCUGCAGAGCUGCUGGGGAAGACGUGGGGAAGCAGAGUCCCCUCUAGCCAGUGACAGGGAGUGCCCUGUGAGCCUCCACAGCCUUGAAUCCAGUGGUGAUGGGAGGUGGUGGCUUUGGCACAGGCUAGAGCACACUCCUGAUGUUUCAGAGGCGGGACACACGCAUAGGGGUGGAGUGGCAGUGUUCACUGCUGAACACAACUAGAUGUGCAACCUGGAGAGGAUCAGGGCACAGCCCACAUGUGUGGGAACUUGUGCAGUAAGGUGGAGGAGCCCGUGAGUCAGCAGGGAGCACAAAACACAGGUGCAUUUCCCAUUACACUAACAUGUCUGCCUGGCAGGUUGUGUUAUCUGACUGGCUUUGAUUAUCUCUAUUUCUGUCUCACAGAACCUGUUGGUGGCAAGUUUUAGUGUUGGUUCUGCUAAUUACUAAAGUAGUUUGAUUAGUGACUCUGUAUUACAAGGUAAUUUUGACACUUUACUGUUAACAUCUGCAGAACUUGCUUCAGCUUUGGAAAUUGAAAUGGGGAUUUUUCUGUGUCAAAGUCCCAUAAGCUUGUGCAUCUUCAUUCCUAAUUUCUUUCUUUGCCAACCCAAAUGGCAACAUACCUGGGGGCUUUUUAGACCUAUUUUUCUAAAAGUUGUUCUCAUCAUUAGCCCUGUGUGUUUCCUCUCUUGGUUGCUAAUUACCUGGAGCUGGGAUAUCAUUUAUUUGUUUCCUCCUUUACCCUCUCUCUCCAAGAAGACAAUGGGCAGGUUCUCAGCCUACCUACAUGGUGGACUUAAGGUAACAUCUCUGUAGCAACUGAGUUUGAUCUAUAAAUGUGCUUGGCUAAAUGUCUGAUCUGCAAUACUUGUAAUAGUUUAAAAUUCAAUAAAUACAUUUUUAACAGUU